CUUUGUCUUGACUGGUUGUAGAUUUCGAGCAUGCUUAAAUCCAGUACCUUAAUAUUGUGCGUGCUGUGUGCACUGGAUUGCCAUGGAUCUCCACCUAAAUUCCAAGAAGAGACAGAUUCCAUUUGUCGCCUGACGGACGCACCCAACCAGUGCGGGGCCUACUGCCAAGCAGCAUUGUUUCCAAUCUUCGAUCACAUGGCCAGGUUGAGGGAUACGCUUAAAAAAGUUGAAGAUUCUAUGGAGUCCAAUAAAAAGAUGUGGGAGAGAAUCGUUAAGCACAUGGAGGACAAUCAGAAGAACUUGGACAGGCUGCAGGAAAAGCUACAAAAUCAAAUACAAUCGAAUACUUAUGCUCCGAGUCCUACGAUUUCAAAUUCUACAGCUUGCGAGAAAGUCGGCUCAAAGUGUUUCUUUAUUGAAAAAGAAGUUGCUAGAAGUUGGAAUGCAUCGCAGGACGCGUGUCGUCUGAUCGGAGGGCAUCUAGCGUACUUCCAAAACCAAGAGGAGUUCGACGCCAUCAACGCGAAAGUUAAUGCAGGAUCACCCUACUGGCUGGGCAUCAGCAAUUUCCACAACAAGAACGAAUUCCGGUACGUGGACUCCAACAAGCCAGCUGAAUUCCUCCAGUGGAAUCCCAAGGACCUCCCUGACAUCGAUAGCAAUGACCACUGCGUUGCUCUGCACCUGAACUUCACUUAUCUGCGCUCUUGUAAUAUCCCCAGACUCUUUAUUUGCCAAAGAGAUCAGAAAAUUCUGUGAACGAAUAUCAAAGAACUUACAGCGGUUUGUUUUCAUAAUCAUUUCCAUAUUUUCAAUAUUUUCUUAUUAAUAAAGAAAGGGCAUU